AUGUUGGAUAGUGCCGGACACAGAGACGCUUUGAGUGAGGAAAGACACAUACUGGAACCUCACAGGUGAUUUGUAUUGGAGAUUGCCGGACACCCAGACGCGUUGAGUGAAGAUACCUGCAUACUGACACCUCAAAGAUGGAUUGGUUGUUGAGUUUGCCAGACACAGUCUAGACGCGCUGCGUGGGGAUAGCUACAUACUGAAACCUCACGAGUUGAGUGAUGUUGGAUAGUGCCGGACACAUAGACGCUUUGAGUGAGGAAAGACACAUACUGGAACCUCACAGGUUGAUUUGUAUUGGAGAUUGCCGGACACAUAGACGUGUUGAGUGAGGAUAGCUGCAUACUGAAACCUCACAGAUGGAUUGGUUUUUGAGUUUGCCAGACACAUAGACGCGCUGCGUGGGGAUAGCUACAUACUGA